GAUAAUAACAAGGCAGGAGUACCUUAAGAAAAGACUGAAGCAAGGAACCAGAAACUCCAGUUCCUUUUAUGAAAAUCUUUUCACUGUUUACCAGGCACAAGAGAACAUCCAGCUUCCUCAUGCAGCCACAUUAUUGUCACAGACAGUGAGGUGUGAGCAGGAUCUGAACAGGUGCUGCACAGGUGUGGUGUCACAAUGCAAAAGAGCCAGAAGCGCACAGGCACAGGCGGAAAUACAGUGUUCUACAAACAAGUCACAGAUGUGACAGAAAUAAGAUCUGGAUUCUUGUUUAAGUCGCCUCCCCAGAAACGAUUGACGACAGAGAAAUCAUGGAAGAAGCGUUAUUUUGUCCUGUUCGAAACCUCGGAGCAACGUCACCUCAUGUACUUCAGGAGUCCAGGGGAGAAGCACCGUCCACUCGGAAACAUUGACUUGUCGAGCAUCUCGCUGUUACAUGUGAGCCCUCAACAUCACCAUAGAUGGGCUUGGAUCCAGAAGAGCUUCAAGUGCUCCCCGUCCUGUGUGCUGUACAUCAGGGCUGCAGAACGAGACUACUUUCUUGUCGGAGAAAACAGCGAUGAUGUGGACGGCUGGUUCUCUGAUCUGUUUGAAGCCCUGAAAAACCGUCCACAUAAAUUUCUCAGUACAGAGGAUCUGACACAGAAGCCGACAACAAUCGAGUCAGCGCUGAAGUUGCGCUCCAUGUCUGAUCCGUCUUCGAACGCUUUGGAUAAUGAUGUGGAAAAAUCAAAGGAAGAAGAUUACAGCAAAAGACGUGCAUCUGAGCCUGUGAAUCCAAUCUAUGACUACCCGAGAUCUUUCUUUAAACCAGCAGUGUACAAGGCCUCAGAAAACAACGAGGAGUCACUAUAUGAAACAAUGGAAUCUACCUACAGUGAAGGAGUAACUGAGGAAGUGGAUCGUGAAGUCGAGGAAGUUAACGCCGGCACCAUUUUGAGGUCUGUCAUUCAGGUCUAUGCCAAAAGCAAGGCCCAGGUUUCUCUACUGUCCCCAACUGCAGAGGAAAAAGCAUCUGAAGACAGAGAGGAAACUCAGCCGUCUUCAGAUUUCAGCAGCAGCUCCAGUGACAAUGGUGCCACCUCCCCCGUUGAGAUGCUGGAGACAAGCAGUGGGUUCACACUGAAGAAACAAAGUUCCACUAAGUGCCUGGAAACCAUGGAGAGGGAUAUUGAGGUGAAGCAGGCCGAUUUGAAAAAACACCUUUCAGUAACAGAAGUGGAUGGGAAGCCAAGUGUGUAUGGAUGGACGGGGCAGCCGAAGACCGUUUGCCUGUUCCACAAAGGAGAUCAAAUUCUGGCCAUUAAUGACCUUCAUGCUAGCAGUGUGGAGGAGUUCAACAUGUACAUCAGCAAGUCGCUAAAGAACGAGGUGAAGGUAACCAUCCUGCGUCAGCCUGGACGUCCACCUCUGCAUUCACCAAACUGCCCCUGCACUGAGUGACUGCACACUGAUGAGACAUUUACCACUUCUACAUAUCUGCAUGUGUUGGAAUGACUUUUCGAUGAGGUUGCACCAUGUAUCGACCACUUCAGACAGUAUUUCUUAAGGACUAUGGCUCCUUUUUUUUUUUAUCUGUCACUUUACCAGUUUACUCCACUUUAAAGGAGCUUAAAAUGAAGGUAAACACUAAAAAUGAAGUAUGAAAAUGAUUUUUACUGAUCUAACACGUCAUGUUAUUCUUUAUAUAUAUUAACAGAUCAACUACGUCUUAUUUGCCAAGUGCUCAGUAUGUGAUUCAUGUUCUGUUUGUUACGUAAUCGCUGUAGAUAUGAUGCUUAUUCCCCAGAAGGAAACAAAUGUUUCACUGAAUCUUAUUUCCUCAUUCCGCCUGUAUGCUGCAUUGCACCAUGUCAGUCUCAUUACGCAACAUUUUAUGAGACAAAUGUGUAUGUAAGAUUAAAUUAAUGAACU